ACCUGCCCACUGCACCCCUCUUCCAGAUACGAAUGGUCCAUCCCGGAAGUGAGUCGACUGUUACAGUAAACAAACCGUUUUCUCUGACAACUUGAACGAGCUUCUCCUUUUCUCUGUCGGCUUUUUGUGGUAAUAAAAUCCUAGAGAACAUUAACAUUUACAACACCACCGGCGUCUCUGACCUCGUGGGGGAUACUUCGACUUGUUAGCUGGUUCCAAGUACUUUGACAUUGCCUCACCAUGUCAGAUUUAAUUCUGCUUCUGCUCAUCGUCGUCCUGCUGGUGUGUUUGCUGCUGACUCUCGGGGGCUUCUUCAUUUACUCGGGGCUCCUGGCUGACGUGGACAUCAAAACUGGACCACCUCCAAUCAAGAAUGUCACCAUCGCUUACAAGUUCCGUGAAGGGUCCUACAAGGAUUGUGGCGCAACCUUCACGGAAGCCUGCAGCAUUGCGCCCCAGCAGAAAACCAUCGGCGUCUUCUACGAUGACCCCAAGCAGAGGCCGGCUGACAAGUGCCGCUACAUCGUUGGAAGCAUCCUGUGUGAGGGAGAAGACCAGCCGGACCAGGAAAUGCAGAAGCUCUACGAGAAAUUUGGCUUCAAGGUGUUUUCCCUUCCUGAAGUGACCCACGCGGUGACCACCACCUUCCCCUGCAACACCUCUCUGUCGCAUGUAGUGGCUUCAUACAGGGUCUACCCCAAACUUGGCUCUUACAUCGAGGAGCGGAAGCUGUGUGCCUUUCCCUUCAUUGAGAUCUGCGGCGCGGCCGUCACCAGCUACAUGGCUCCUCUCUCCCGACAGACAGAUUUCUUUGUCCCAGAAAUGAAGGACGAGGUGAAGACUGAAGUGAAAGAAGAAGAGUCUGAUGACGACAGAGGGACUGACAUCACAGGUGCCGACUCCCACAGCGAUGUGAGCUCAGUGAGUGGCGGCCUGCCCUGGGACAGCAGAGAAACCUCCCUAGCUGCCUCCACCGCGGCUUCACUGGCCUCCUCGCUCCCUCUGCGGGACGUAAUGGACGCCAGCGAGGACUCGAAGCCCAGAGACCUCGCGGACAGGAGCUCCAACGAGUCUAUGGGCAGCGGCUCGUCUUUUGAAGAGCUAGACAUGGAUCAGGAUGAGGACGGAGGGGAGAGGGAAGGUGGAGAAGAGGAGGACGUCCCCGAGGCUGAGGAUGGAGGGAGAGAAGCCGCUCAAGUGUUUGCUGACAAGGAGGAGCCCGUGGGGGAUGGAGAGGAAUAACCAGGUUGGGGGAGAUAAGGAGCGGAGUGGAGCGCAGCCGGCGUGUCCGUCGCUGUUUUGAUGGUUAUCUGUCGUGUAAUCGUGUUGGUGGAUCUUUGCCUGACCAGCGUUUGCACUUUUAAUUCUCCUCUUCAAGCCUGUACCUUUCCUUUCUUUCAAUGAAUAACAAGCCCUGAGCCUUUGCUAAACACACAACUGGACAGAAGAGCUGGGAGUCGCAGCUCCAGCUGAGCGGCAGGAUUUUAUAUCGUCCCUUCAUCGCGAUGACAUUCCUUCAGAUUAGCAGCUCCACUGUUGACGUGGAACCUCUCAUUAAAGACACUUGACACCAGCCGUCGUCUGGUUUCACCUAUUUAUAUUGUGCCCAUUUCAGAAGUGUGUGUGUGUGUUUGAUGUCUGGAUAUUCAGUACUGGAGUAAAACCUGCAGGAAUCACUUCCUCCCUCGUUGUUUGUUGACUCACUGACGUGCUUUCGGAAUUCCCUCCUUAUUCCAGGGUUCCCGAGAGGACGGUGGUUUCAAGACGCAGGAAGGAAAAGUCACGUAGUGAUGGUUCUUCAUCACUUCAGCUGGAACCUGUUGUGCUCUGACUUGGUUAUGUCAAGGUCUGAACGCCCCACAUUCUCUCCAGGCAUCAACGAAUCCAUCCUCUCUUUUCUCAUGUUCAUCUCCCCAACACCAUGUCACUACUGCGCUUAGUCCUUACACCUUUCUUCCCUAAUGUUCCCUGCCUACAAAUAUGGUUUCAUUAUUGCAUGUGAUUUAAUAAUAACCGUUGACAAACUGGACAAAACGGAGGCUCCUUCACCGAUGAACAGGCGGAGUGUGGGCUUGUGGUUCGGACACAUCCAAGGGAGCUGACGUGCCUCUGUCAGGACUUCAUGUGCCCUGAACUGGUCCUUCCAGAUGUAACCACACCUUCAGGUCCUCUCCAUUUUGGGGGGGCAUUUCCCAUCUGGGUUUGCUGCGUCAAGUCAUCCUCCCCCAGUGCUCUUCAUGUCCUUCAACCUCCUCACUUUCCCGUCUGUUGCUCUUUCACCCAGUUCCUGCAGCAUCUCCACCGAGCUUCUUCCAGCUUGUUCCCUGAUUCCUCUGCCCCCCUGUCCAAAACAUUAGGCCUCCAUUACUCCCUCCGAACAUUUCUUCAUGAACUGUCCCUGCGAGAUACUUUUUUUUUUUUAUGAAUGAAUAUUUAUUUAAAUCCUACACAAACACACAUUUCAAAAAGUUUAGUUAUUUUUCUUUCUUUUACCAGACAUUGUUGGAUACGCUGCCAGUACAAAUGCUGAUCACAGACCUGGUCAAAGUGCGGCCCGGGGGCCAUAUACGGCCCAUUACCUGUGUUAUCGUGGCCCGUUUGAUAUUUGAUAUUUCUUCCUUUUUUUGUUCUUUCUCUUUCAGUCACCACCACCAGUUUUCCUUGUUCCUCCAAGUACAUUGAAGGAAUACUGAAAAUAUAUUUUGAAACAAAUAAAUUGUUACAAUUUUUUAUCUUGAAUGUCUAGUCCACAGUUGAUUUAUACUCAAAUUAAGUGCAUAUUAAGUGACAUAUUUAAAUAGGCUUUGUGCCAUAUUUACACUUGUUAAUGUCCUUAGUUACAUUUCAUCUUCUCAGGUUCAUUUUGUCCUCCAGUAUAAUUUCUUUUGAUAUUUUUCCGGUUUUUGUUGUCAUCGCUGCCUGUCUUUUGGCAUGUUGGCCCCUCACGGCCGUUACAGUUGCUAAUGUGGCCCUUAAGGAAAUGUAGUUGCCAACCUCUGCUUCAAAUAAGUCAACUCAACCCAACCCAAUAGAAAACCUCUGCUUCCUGUCUCUGUGGCAGGGCGACUGUCUCUGAGGAUCACAUCGCAUCAGGUCCCACUAGUGUCCGACGAAGCUUCCCUGUCACUCUUCUGUCACAGCUCACCCCUCUCAGUUGUCUUCACCUGCGCCACCUCGCCUGCGAUCUCCUCUUCACCUCCCUUGAACACUGUUACUCAGUAGACACAUUUA